AUGGUUGCUGCACAUGCUUUUUUUGCUCAGGAUGAAGGUACAACAUUCAAUCUUGAGUAUGUAUGGCGAUUGUUAAAAGACGAACCUAAAUGGAUGGGAGAAUCGAUUGGAAAUUCUUCAAAAAUUACAAAGAGCUCUGCUAGUGGGGCAUCAUCGGAUAACCCAAAUACACCUUCAAGUUAUGAGUUUAACUCAUCAUCACCAAUGGAGCGUCCAAUGGGACAAAAAGCAGCAAAAAGGAAGGGUAAGGCAAAGGAAAUUCCAAAUGCAAUGCAAGAUGCAAGGAUUAAAAGAGCAGCAACAAUGGAAAGACUAGCUCAAUGUAAGGAGGACGAGCUAGAACUAAAGGCAAUGAAUAUCAUCAUGAAAGACACUUCUACUAUGAAUGAUAAUCAACGAGAUAUUCAUGAAAAAUAUUAUAAUAAGAUGAAAAAAAAAUAUGGAAUGUAG